GUUUUUACUGGUGCGGGUGCACGCAGGGGGGCGCUGUGCACGUGGAGACGGGAGCGCGCACAUAGAGGACGGACGAUUCUUCUCACACAACUCAUAAAAAUACACUUGACUACCACUAUUUCUGAGGAAUAACCUUCGGAAAUGGCGUAUAAAUGAGUGUGGAGAGAUGAGGGGGCUCGUGAAGCUGACUGCCCGCGCUGUGAGCUUUAUUCCCUGCAGGCAGUGCGGUGGAGGAAGACCACCCGCUCCAUUAGGAGGAAGAAUCCUGUCCAACCCUGAUGACGUCUUUAAGCAUAACAUGUGGGAUCAUGUGCAGUGGACUGAAGAGGAGAGAGAGAAAGCCCGACAGAAGGCAGAAGAAAACUCUGAAGAGAAGAUUCCUGUCGAAGAGCAGUCCAAAUAUGACAGAGAAGCUCAUAAAUACUGGGACCAGUUUUACGAGAUGCACCAGAACAAAUUCUUCAGGAACCGAAAUUGGCUCUUCACUGAAUUCCCGGAGCUUCUCCCUCCAGACACGGGCGGGAUGUUAAUGGCGGAGCAGGAGCAAGGCUUAGAGUCAGUGAACAGAGAAAAGCACGAUUAUAAGGACACAUACCCUGGACAUCAUGCUGCUUUUAGGAUACUAGAGGUGGGCUGUGGUGCAGGUAACAGCGUGUUUCCCAUCAUCAACACCAUCAGAGGCAGUAAGGCGUUUCUGUACUGCUGUGACUUCUCAUCUCGAGCGAUUGAGCUCAUCCAGAAGCAUCCAGACUAUGACCCUGCAGUGUGUCACGCAUUCGUACGGGACAUUUGUGACGCAACGUCCCCGUUUCCCUUCCCUCCUGAGAGUUUGGACAUUAUUCUGGUGGUCUUUGUGCUCUCUGCCAUCCACCCAGCACGAGCUCAGGCUGUGGUGAGGGGUUUAGCGGGACUCCUGAAGCAGGGAGGAAUGGUGCUGUUCAGAGACUACGGCAGAUACGAUCUGUCACAGCUCAGAUUUAAGAAAGGUCAGUGUUUGUCUGAAAACUUCUAUUCUCGACAGGAUGGCACCUGUGUGUAUUUCUUUACUAAAGACGAGGUUCAUGGUCUGUUUUCUGCUGCUGGAUUGGAGGAGCUUCAGAAUCUGGAGGACAGGAGGCUGCAGGUGAACAGAGGGAAGAAGAUACUGAUGCACAGAGUGUGGAUGCAGAGCAAAUACCGCAAACCAGAGAAAUGAUGAACAAUUAAACGAACUCUUUUUAGACUGAGAAGCAGGGAUGGACAGUAUUUCUAAUAGUAUUUUAUCAUUUGUAUUUGGGCUUGUAGUUUUAAAAUACUUGGUAAGAAGUCUACAUGAUGGUGUCAUAAAAUUGAGGCCUCUGA